UAGAAUUUCAGAAUCAAAGAAAUCCCUCCAAAAGGAAAUUGCUGCAUUAGAAGAGAAGAAUAAAUCAUUAAAAGAAGCCCAGAAAUCUUACUUAAAACUCAAUGGAACUUGUAAGAACUGUGAAUAUCUUCAACUUACAUUAACUACCUUGAGGAAUUCUUUUCAAAAGAUCUUUGAAGAAAAACAUGAAUUAAUACAACACUUGAACCCAUUGGAGGAAAAGUGUGCUUCCCUGCUGAAGCACAAACACCAACCCACCAGGGCAACACUGCAAACAUUGAGAUCAACAAGGAACAACAUGCAGAAGACAGAUGCUGUGCAAAUGACUAUUGGUUACAACUAUGUGAAGACAUCCAACUGUCAUUUGAAAUGAACAACAUACACAGAAUGAGGGUAUCAAGAAAGCCAUUGGCCCAAACCAAAUCAAGAUAGCUCCACUCAAAUCCAGAACAGGGGAAGUCAUCAAGGGCAAAAGAGAACUGCAAGAGAGAUGAGUGGAACAUUAUUCUAAACUCUAUGCCAAGGAAAACAUCAUCUCAGGCAGUGCACUAGAUACCAUAGAACAUAGAGGAGCUGGACACACUGCCAACUUCUGAAGAACUGAGCAGAGCCAUUGAUGGCUUGCCCACUGGAAGUAGCCAUAUGCUGAAGCUACUGUGUCAGUGCUGGGAGGAGGGAACAGUCCCACAAGACAUGUGAGACUGCAACAUUGUCGCCCUAUAUAAGAACAAAGGGGACAAAAGCAAUUGCAAUAAUUACCAAGGCAUCUUGCUCUUAAGCAUUGUUGGGAAGGACUUUGCCUGCAUGGUCCUAAACAGACUGCAGAAAAUCACUGAGAGGGUAUACCCCAAAUCUCAGUGCAGUUUCAGAUCAGAAUGCUCCACCAUCAACAUGAUCUUCUCUCUUUGACAGCUACAGGAGAAGUGCUGAGAGCAAAGGCAACCACUCUUCACCUUCAUCAAUCUCACAAAGGCUUUUGACCUAGUCAGUAGAGACAGCCUGUUCAAAAUCCUUGCCAAGAUUGUCAUCCAAGACUUCAGGAUUGUCCAGUUGUUUUAUGUGGAUAUGAAAGGCAUCAUUUAAUUUGAUGGCUGUUCUUUGGAGGCGUUCAAAAUAUGUAGUGGCAUGAAGCAGGACUGUGUGCUUUCUCCCACCCUGUUUGGUAUCCUCUUUGCAGUCAUGCUGAAACAUGCAUUUGGGACAUCAACUGAUGAUGUUCACCUUUCACACCAGAUCAGAUGGUAAACUGUUUCAUCUGUUGAGGCUGAAAGUAAAAUCCAGAGUGCACUAGGUACUCAUCAGAGAAAUGUUGUUUGCAGAUGACGCAGCACUGACAGUGCACUCUGAAGAGCAAAUGCAGCACCUCAUGGACAAAGUUUCAAAAGUCUGUCAGGAAUUCAGUCUAACUAUUAAUCUGAAGAAGACCAAAGUACUGGGCCAAAGUGUCGAGCACUCCAUCACCAUCAACAACUACAAGCUGGAAGUAGUCUAUGAAUUCACCUACCUCAGCUGUACCAUCACUGAUGACCUCCCACUGCACCCUGAGAUCAGCAGGCAAAUUGGUCAAGCAUCCUUCACAUUUGCCAGGCUCACAAAGAGAGUCUGGGAAAACAGAAAACUAGCUGCAAACAUCAAGAUUGCUGUCUUAAGGCAUGCAUCCUUAGUACGCUACUUUAUGGCAGUGAGAUGUGGAGCUUCUACUCCAGACAGGUGCAGCGUCUCAUCUUUUACCUUCUUAAUUUGAGACACAUCUUGGAUAUCAAGUAGACCGACCACAUCACCAGCACUGAAGUCCACAACCAUGCCAAGAUACCAAGUAUACUCACCCUCCCCCAGCAGUGCCAUCUGCAUUGGCUCAGUCAAAUACAUUGCAUGCUGGACAGGAGGAUCCAAAAAAGCCUCCUGUGUGUGGAAUUGGCCACUGGUACAAGAGCACAAGGAUGACUUCAUCUUCAUUUCAAGGACAUCUCAAGAGAGAUGAAAUUGUUUGAUCGGACAUCCUGAGAUGGAAGGAGGUCGCUAAUGAUUGCCCAUGCUGGAGACAAAUACUACAAAAGGGGGGGAAGCAAUGGAAAGAAAAACAAGAACUCCCUACCAAAGAGAAGUGCAUUUGAUGGAAGGGAAAAACCAGUAGCUCUGGCAGAGAGCUCCUUCAAUUGGAGUCACUGCAUACAUAACUGCCACUCCUGUGUAGGCCUCUACAGCCACAGGAGACACUGCACUGCCAUCAGCAGCUGACGCGAUUUCUUCGGGUGUAGAUCCAUGGUCUCUCAAGACCAACGGAUGCCUGCUAAUGCAGAAUUUAAGCUACGUUCUCAGGUGGAAGAAAGUCUUUGUUAAAUACUAAAUUCCCAACAUGCCCAGAAGACGACCAGCAUUGAGGAGAAGGGUCUGGAAGUUCAAAAAUCCUGCGAAUGUACAGAGAUUUAGAAACAUAUUACUCAAAGUUUUUGACGAAAUAGAUGGGGUUAUAGCAUCACAUUAUGUGGAAGACAACUGGAAGUUUCUACAGGACAACCUUUUGAGGGCUACUGACCAGAUCUGUGGAUGGUGCAAAGUCCCCUCUCAACCCAAGGUAAUAUGGUGGUGGAACAAUGUUGUUGAGAGGGCCAUUAUGGAAAAGAAACAGGCUUGGAAGGACUAGAAGAACGGUGGUAGCAGGAAUUGUAUCAGACUGCCAGAAGGGAACCUAGGAGACAGGUUAAAUUAGCCAGAGGGGAAGCAGAUAAGAAAAAUUUGGCAAUGUUCUGCACCAUGAGGACCAAAGACUUGAAGCAUUUCAUGUUGCAAGACAGUGUGUGAGAGAAUCGUGAUGUUGUAGGAGAGAAAUGUGUCCGCAUGGAUGAUGAUUCACUUGCAUUAAACGAGGCUGCAAAGAGAGAGGUUUGGAGAUGAAAAGUUGCUAAAUGAAGAGAAUGAAUGGGAGACAGAGAGUCUGCCGAAUGCUGACCCAACAGAGGGACCUACUAUCUGAAUUGACAGUGUAGUAGCGCCUAAUAUCAAACCCCAUUUCUGGAGAGUUUAUCCACACAUGCGCAGGGACUAGUUCCGGAAGGAAUACAGGAAGAGUCUCAUGCGCAUGCGUAGUCAUUCAUAUCCAAGCGUUCCCGUGCAUAUUCGCUCUCUUUGCUCGCUGACCUUCGUGGAAGCUAGACGUCACAAUGGCAGCUCUCUGACAACUCAACACUGGAGCUACAUAGAUACCCAGAGAGGAGAAAAAUGACUUCUAACCACACAACUUCAUUGACGGCGUCUCAUCUAACCAAAGGGCGACAUGCUACCGAAUUCCCUCCUAGUGUGAGCAGAAUUCUACUGUAAUAAAAUAUUGUUGUGUUGUUAGUUUAAAACAGUAUCUUAGUAGAUAAAGCAAUUAAGGGUAUGAAGACAGGGAAAGCCCCCAGCCCAUCAGGAAUCACCGCAAAGAUGCUCAAAAUAUUUAGUGGUGUCGGCUAUAGUUUAGUCACCUGUAUAGUCAACCAGGUGAUACAUGAAAGAGUCAUACCCAAUGACUGUAGUUAACUGCUACAAAGGUAAAGGUGACGCUUUAGAUACAAAUAAUUACAGAGGUAUCAAGUUGUUGGAUCAGGUAAUGAAGGUCACAGAGAGGGUCAUAGCCCAACUAAUUAGGGAGAGAGUAAGUUUAGAUGAGAUGCAGUUUGGGUUCAUGCCAGAGAAAAGCACUACUGAUGUUAUAUUUCUGGUAAGAUAGCUUCAGGAGAAAUACCUAGCCAAAGAUAAACCUCUGUACCUGGCUUUCGUUGACAUGGAGAAAGCAUUUGACAGGGUCCCCCGAUCCCUUAUCUGGUGGUCACUGAGGAAACUAGGGAUAGAUGAAUGUUUAGUGAGAGCUGUGCAAGCGAUAUACAGGGAUGCUGUCAGUAAGUUGAGGGUUGGCAAUGAGUACAGUGAACAUUAUGUACAUUAUUUACAUUUGACGGAUAUUUGUCCUCAUCUUGUUUGUUGUUAACAUGUUUUGGCUGAUAUGUCCGGGGCAUAUGGCGUAGUGAUUAAGAACGCGAGCUACUAACCCCAAGAUUCCAAGUUCGAUUCCAGGCUUUGACCUGAAUAAUAAUAACAUCAAAAAAUACCUUAGGAAUGAGAACCCAGGUUCGAAAUUUCCCCAAGACACCUGAUGAAGGCUGGAGGGUAUAUCAGCCGAAGUGUUGUGUUAACAAACAAGAUGAGGGCAAAUAUCCAUCAAAUGUAAAUAAUGUACAUAAUUCCUCAUCUCUUAAAUAUAGAACUAGAGUACAGUGAAGAAUUUCGGGUAGAAGUAGGGGUAGGGGUCCACCACAGAUCAGUCCUCAGCCCCCUCUUAUUCAUCAUAGUCCUCCAGACAACAACAUGAUGCCCUUGGGAGCUCCUCUAUGCUGAUGACCUUGCUCUAAUUGCUGAGUCACUAUCAGAACUAGAGGAGAAGUUUCAGGUGUGGAAGCAAGGAUUAGAAUCGAAGGGCCUUAGUGUCAACCUAGCUAAAACCAAAGUCUUAAUAAGUAGGAAGGCAGACAAACCACACAUCCCUUUAGGUAGAUGGCCCUGCUCAAUCUGUAGAAAGGCAUAGGUAGAAACUCUAUAAGAUGUACCCAGUGUAAGCCUUGGCCACAUAAGAGGUACAGCAAUAUCAAAGGAAGGCUAACUGGGAAGAUAGUUUUUGUAUGUGGUAGAUGCUCAGGAGCAAUAAACACUGAAAAUGUGCAGAAAACAACUUCUGUCACAUUCCAGGGAAAAAAAAACUAGAAGUAGUUGAUAGCUUCCGUUACCUAGGGACCAAGUCAGUAGCGGGGGUGGGUGCUCUGAAAGUGUAGCUGCUAGAAUAAGAAUAGCCUGGGCAAUGAUCAGAGAGCUCUUACCUCUGCUGGUGAGAAAAGGCCUCUCACUCAGAAUAAAAGGUAGACUGUAUGACGCAUGUGUACAAACAGCCAUGCUAUAUGGCAGUGAAACAUGGGCUGCGACUGCUUAAGAUAUGCGUAAGCUUGCAAGAAAUGAAACCAGUAUGCUCCGCUGGAUGUGUAAUGUCAGUGUGCAUACAUGACAGAGUGUAGGCGCCCUGAGAGAAAAGUUGGAGUCAAGAAGUAUCAGAUGUGGUGUUCAAGAGAGACGACUGCACUGGUAUGGUCAUGUGUUUCAAAUGAAUGAGGACAGCUGUGUGAAAAAGUGUCACACCCUAGCAGUUGAGGGAACCUGUGGAAGAGGUAGACCCAGGAAGACCUAGGAUGAAGUGGUGAAGCACGACCUUCGAACAUUGGGCUUCACCCAAGCAAUGACUAGUGACCGAGACUUUUGGAGAUAUGCUGUGCUUGAAAAGAUCUGGUAAGCCAAGUGAGACCAUAACCCAUGGCCUAUGCCAGUGGUGUAUAACCAGCUCACUUAUGAGUACCUUUCAUUCAUUGGACAAUAAACUUUGCUUGCAAAGACAUGUUGAGGCAAGUGAAAUCAAAGUCAAUGACAGUACCGCCUGAUUGGCACUUAUGCCAGUGGAAUGUUAAAAGCACCAUCCGAGCGUGAUCGCUGGCAGGGUCGCCUUACUGGCACAUGAAAACAACAUUUGUGUGUGGUCGUUGCUGUUGCUGCCAGACUGGCUCCCAUGCAGGUGGCAUGUAAAAAACACUUUUUGAGCAUGAUCGUUGCCAAUACUGCCCAACUGGCCCUUGUGCCGGUGUCACGUUAAAGCACCCACUACACUCUCAGAGUAUUUGGCAUUAGGAAGGGCAUCCAGCUGUAGAAACUUUGCCAGAUCAGAUUGGAGCCUGAUGCAGCCUUUGGGCUCACCAGAACUCAGUCAAACUAUCCAACCCAUGCCAGCAUGAAUAGUGGACAUUAAACAACGAUGAUGAUGAUCAAUGUUAUAGGAAUGCAAAGUCAAAUGUUUAAAAGAUUAUGGAAGACAAUUAUAAUAAAAUUUAUAUAAAUUAGUAAGAGGAAUUUUUAAUAAAUGGAGGGGAAUGUUAGUAAUAUGAUUAAAAAAUAACUAGUAGAUAUUAUUAGUACAAUAAACAAAAAGAGAUAUAUUUAUUACUAAAAGUCUAGAAAAUUAAAGAUCGUAAGCAUAGAGAAAAAAUAUAAUAAUCCUUUCUACUAAAGGCACAAGGCCUGAAAUUUGGGAGAAGGGGACUAGUCAAUUAUAUCAAUCCUAGUGUUUCACCGGUACUUAAUUUAUCGACCCCAAGAGGAUAAAAGGCAAAGUCUACCUCAGUAGAAUUUGAACUCAGAAUGUAGUAAUGGGUGAAAUACCGCUAAGCAUUUUGUCCAUGCUAAUGAUUCUGCCAGCUCACCACCUUAAUAAUAAUAAUAAUAAUAAACUAAAACUAAAUAAAAGUAUUUAGAGACAAUAUUUAUAAAAUAUAGGGAUUGAUAUCAAGAAGAAAAUAUGAACAAUAUUAAAUUUUAAAAAAAAAAGCUCAAACUGUCGGGUGCUAAUGGGAUGAUGCUCCAUGUUGUUUGAAAAAUGUAGUCAUGCGACCUCAAGAACGCAGAGCGCCUUCUGCUGAGAACUCGCCAUUCUGAGUGUAAAGUUGCCAGAAGAACAACGCGACUAAUGUGCCCCUGUGGCAGGCAUUCAAAACUUAGAAAACUUUACUUCUACCCACUGACCUCAACCUUAAACAUCGAAUGUGGAUUGUGAUAUGCUGAUUCACGUCUGAGAGGAAUUCUCUUAUGCUGCAGGUGGUGGCCACAUUGAACAAUUGUAAAACAGGAAUUAAAGUUGAUAUAACCAACUGGCUGCAACUUGUAGGGACCAGUCUUUUGACAGUUCUUCCACUAAGCAGAGCCUUGAUGAUGAAAAACGUAAUUAUUUAAAAUUGAAAUCCUUACAGAGGAAGGUUGUCAGUUCACAGGAAGAGUGUGACAAAUUUUUGCAAGCUGUUGACAGCAACUGCAGUAACCAGGAAUAUGGCAAAAACUUUGUUCUAGACUCAAAUGUUCAAACCGUUGGAGAGAAAACUGUUGAAAAAGUUUCUUUAUUCUCAAAGGAGACUCUGUGUCCUGAAAGUUUCUUAUUUUCUGACUGUAGUUAUGGAUCAGGUUGUAAUUCUACUGACAAUAAAAAUAAAGAUUUAGAUGAUCAGAUGUUAUACAUUUGUGCAUAUUCAAAUUCAGUAAAAAACACUGAAAACAUUAAUAAUCUUUGUCAAACUAAUUUGGAAGAAGAUGGCUUAGAGCCUAGUCCCAAACAGGAGGUUACAAGACCAGUUUCUUUAGCAUUUACCUCAAAAAAAAAACUAGUUUCUUCUAAGACUCCAGAUAUGUCAUCUUUUCUAAUAGCUUCUCCAAUAAUUGAGGAGAAUCAAACAGAAUCUGAUUUAUCAACAAACUCUCCAAAACCUAAAAAGAGAAUAACUGUGAGAAAUCUGUCUCCAUUUCAGAUAGUCAGUCAAAAUGCCCUGAAGGUCAGUACAUCUAAAAAUCAGUCUCGUAGAUUAAUGAAAGAAAGUAGAAGGAAACAAAAAAUUUAUGUGAAAGAAAAUUGUCUUCCAAAUCCCUUUUCUCCAGUAGAUCCUGAUAAAACAGUACCACCAGAAAAUUGGAACACUACAACUGUUAUGCAACCUUCUGAAAUGAAUGAUGUGUUAACAGAAGAUUCCUCCGAACAUGCUGGUGUUAAAAAUAGGUCAAGAAAUAAUGGAAUUAGGGUUGUUAAAGAACUUGUAACUGAUUCCUUGCAUAAUGGUAGUUUGUCUCCAAGCAUGUGUAUGACAGAGUUUCUUUUGGAGAAUGAUGAACCAACCAAUGAUAAACCAGCAGAAAUUGCAUCUAAGAAAUUUGGUCCCACAGAACCCAUGAUUAUAGUUCCAAGUGAUAGUUAUAAGUUUGAGGAUGGUAAACCAGAAGAAGUGCUAAUCGGAGAUAAAAAUCAUGUUUCUGAGAAAAGCAACACCCAAGAUAAUGAUUGUUCCAUAACUGAUAGCUUUGACAGGUGUCCUUGGAAGAAGAAAGACUAUCCCUAUGCCUAUGAUACUGUGGUUCGUAAGAAGCAUGACAGAAGACUGUUAAAUGGAUAUGCAUGUCAAGAAUGUGUUGAAUAUUACAAAACAAAAGGUCUCUCUGAUGAGGAAAUUAGCAAACAGAUUGGAGAUUGUUCAAAGCACAGAGCAAAAUACAAACCUCCCAACACACCAGAACAUUUUUGGUCUGUUGGAUUUCCUGAUACAGAAGAAUGUGAAAAAAGAGGAUACUUUACAACAGAAAGCAAACCAUCUAAAGGCAAAAACCAUAAAAAAGAAACAGAUGUCAAGGAAAAGAAUGGUGAAUACAGAAUGACACAACUGUUGAAUUAUUUGGAUUCGUCUGGAAGUGAAGAAGAUGACUAAAACACUUUUCGCCAUUCUACUUGGAGAGAUUUAUAUAUAUAUA